AUGCUGCCUGCGGCCGGCUCACCCCCACGAAUCAAUUUCAACCUGCACCGAGUACUGCAGGGAACGUUUGCGAAGCGAGACUUACCCUCCACUGCACCGGGACCUGUUGUAACAGCCCAGCCCAACACUGAGUUGCAAAUACCCGAGAUCGGGGGCUCCUCUGCAGGUUUCAUCGCGCUUGUGGUCGUUCUAGCCGCCGUAUUCCUCAUCUGCUGUAUCGGUGUCUUUUUCCUUCUGCGUAACCACAGUCCCACCUCUCAUGAACGCCGGUUGCGGCAGGCGGAAGCGCGCCAACGUGGAUCGAGCCUGUACAAGGCUCCCCUAGGUCCACCUGGCAUGCGAGCCCGGUUUGCGAGGUGGUUUGGUAGCAAGAAGGGUGCGGGAUGGGUGAGAGCGGCCGAUGACGAGGAGUGGGAUGCGGCGGACGAGCGCUUCGCGUCAGGUCGCAGACAAGACCUGAGAGAAAGGAAGGACACCGUGUUUGAAGCCCCUUACAUCGCGGAAGACAUGAGCGCAGAGUCCGUUGAGCUCUCUGCUGCUCCUCAGGCCUUCCGCGACGAACAUUUUACGCCCUCGGCUCCUUCGAUCUCCAUGCCGGAGCCGACUUAUGUCGAUCCUUUCUCCUCGCCGCCGACAACCGUGGAGGAUGCCAAAUUGGAGGUAAGGGCGACACCUCAGGUUGAUGCGCAGUUUUCCGUACCAUCUAGCUCAUUGCCUGCGAGCGUCGGGUCGGUGCGCAAGUUCGGAAGUGGGACGAAAUUCAAGGAGAGCUUGGAUUGA